CAGUUGUCAGCCAAGUCCCCCGAUAACUGCACUGAUUUUCCGACGACGAGCCGUGAAACGCAUUCGGGUCGCCCCGUUGAUAAUCCAGUUCAAGGUGAACCGCACUUUCGAGUCGUACAAACGGCGAAAGUGGCCAGCCUGGGUGGUAGCGAUUCGACUGUCAAGAACGUUUCCGCGCUGCUCCGUGUAGCAGUUCACUUUGAAUCGCAAACUCGACCGUAGCCACGGUCCCAACGGGUUCCUGCUCCGACUCGAAUCGGUGGAUUUCAUAUGUUUAAUAUACAACGAAGAUUUACGUUGUUCACGUGUGCCUAACCGUUCGCGUGAUGUUGUUAUUAAGUAUCGUUUUCGUCCUCGGGACUGUACAAUACGCGAGUGCCAGUGGAUUCAGAGUCGUUUUGGAUUGGAAGUACUUAGACUGGGAAUCGCCAAACAUCAUCCUGACAGGGAAGAACUUUACUCUCGGAAAUGCCUUCACGCAGGAUGUGGAUAUCGACAGAAAAGGACGCGUGUUUUUGACGAGUCCUCAAUGGCUGGAUGGUGUGCCCAUCACGUUGUCGGUGUUGACCAAUGUCGAAGGACCUGGAGGAAAUUUGCUGAUCCCGUACCCUGAUUGGUCCUGGUUCACGCCUUUCAAUUGCAACAGCUUGGUGUCCGUCUAUAGGUUGGCGAUAGACGAGUGCAAUCGUUUGUGGGUCGUGGAUACCGGUCGCAUCGGCACGAACGCCGUUUGUCCUACGAAAAUAUUGAUCUUCGAUCUAACGACGGAUAAGUUGAUCCAUAAAUACGUGGUGCCGGAUGAUCAAGUGUUAUACGGGAAGGCAGCAUUAGUUACGCCGAUCGUGGAUGUCGGAAAAACCUGUCUCGAUACUUAUCUGUACGUGGCGGACGUGGAUCAAAAUGGGCUGCUGAUUUAUGACUUAUGUCACGAUCACUCGUGGCGGGUAAACAAUACCCGCGGCAAUGCUUUCGGCCCGGACGACGACGCCAUGUUCAUCACUAUCGCUGGCGAAACGUUUGAUUUGACUGACGGCACCCUGGGAAUGUCAUUGUCACCGCGAGGAUUUUUCGACCAAAGGUAUCUUUACUUUAACUCGUUGGCUAGCUACUACCAGAAGUUUACGGACACGAACUCCUUGAAGCUAAGCGAGUUCCGCGAGCCAAUAGUGUACCAAUCGAAUCUGAAGCGAGCGAGCCAGGCAGGUGUCCAAGCAACUUCUCGGAGGGGCGUGAUAUUUUUCCAGUUAGUCCAAUUAACGGCCGUCGCUUGUUGGAACAUUGAGAAACCAUUCACACCGGAGAACGUAGUGAUAAUUGCUCAGGAUGAGUUGACGCUCCAGUACGUGAGCGGUAUCAAAAUCAUCGUGAAUCGUCGAGGCGAGGAAGAACUGUGGUUCGUCACAAACAGAUUACAAAAGACGAUAAACAUGACCCGGAAAUCUACCGAAACGAACUACCGUCUAAUCAAGGCGACGGUUGACGAUGUUAUUAGGGGUACGAAUUGCGAACCCUCCGGCAUAAAGCAUACGGGCCCGGACACUAGCUCCUGGCACCAAGUGUGAAUCAGAUAAAUCGUAUUAUCUAAAUCGAAUUUACCUCAAGAGUUCCUCCAAACGCAUCUUCACGCCAGACAUAAAAAUAUGUUUAUCUGUAAGAUAUUUUCUGACUCGUGGUGUUUAAAUACCUAAAGACGGGACGCAGCUAACAGUGUUCGAAACUUCACUUGUAAAGAAAAUAGUAAGUAACCUAAGAAAAUAGCAGGUAAACGAAAGUAAUUUAUUUCCGUCGUUUGUUCACGUUAUUGCAAUUAAAUGUUUGUAAAUCUUUUUACACGAUAAAUUAAUGUGUAUAAAAUGUAUCAUUUGUAAAUAUUGUUUUUUUU